AUGUCUCUCUGGGGCAAAUCUACAGGUUUCGGGGCGUCUUCGACUCCCUUCGGUCAAUCCACAACCACUACUGGUUUUGGUCAGACCGCAAACCAGUCGCAGACUCAGAACCAACCACAAUCCAAUGCAUUUGGUGGAAGUCUACUCGGUGGGAGUAUGCUUGGCCAACCAUCGACCAAUGCCUUUGGUAGGAGCCUUCUUAAUCAGCCCCAGACGCAGCAACAACCUCAGCAGCUUGGAGCUUCUGGGUUCAUGAACACAAGCCAGGCACCGGUGCAACGCUCCAGUCUAAUUUGGGAGCCAGGCCGAGAGUCACUGAUCCACAAGCCUGUUACGGAGCAAAUCGAAGGAAUGCUCGAGAAGUGGGUUCCCGAAAGUCCAAACACGGUAUUCAAGUACUACUUCUACAAUAAGGUCGACCAGACGCGCAUCCCUCUCUAUCAACCCUCCGCCUCCGAAGAUCCCCGAGAAUGGGAACAAGCUGUUCAUGAUAAACCCGGUCCCGGAUACAUGCCGGCCCUUGCUACCGGGUUUCAAGCUGUUAGCGAGCGCCUUAAGAUGCAGAGACAGGUUCUAGGGCAUUUCAGACAGGCGUUACAUUCUAUUAACUCUAGUUUGGACGCAAUUCUCUCACAACACGACUUGCAGACUAGCGUGCGGACAGCCAAUGCCCGACGAAAGCACGCACUGCUACGACAGAGAUGUCUGGCCUUAGCGACGAAGGUACAGGUCUUACGUAACCGCGGAUACUCCCUCGACAAGGAAGAAGAUGAAUUGAAGACGAAGUUGGAGACUCUCGAUCGAACUGUGACAGACCCGGCUCUAAGUGCCCGAACAGAGGAAUUGUGGAGUCGUCUUAUAAUGCUGAGGGGAUAUGCGGAUAGCCUACAGAACGAGAUUAACAAGCGUGGGACGGAUGCUCAGGAGGGAAUAGGGGAGGAGAAUGAGGCCCAAGCCAAGGAGAUAUUAGAGAAGUUUGACAAGCAACUGCAGUCCUUGAAAACCUCACUGGAGCAGGUUAAGAAGGAUUAUGACGAGUGGUCUGAGAGGAACUCACCUCCUAGACAAGCAUCUUUGUACAAGAUGGCGUCUUUUGCGAGGGCUAUACCUCGUAUAGGUCGGUCAGCAGUUCAAUUAAGAGCUUCGGCUUCGUUAAGUUCUCGCUUGCAGCGUACAGCUCCAUGGAUAUGCCAUAGCUGCACUUAUAAGGCCGUAGCGACGGCUACCCAGAGAAGGUCUUUUACUACCAUUGACCGAGCACAGGUGGCGAGUUAUGCUGACCUGGACACAUUUCCUCGUCGCCAUAUUGGUCCCGAUGAGGCCGAUACAGCUGAGAUGCUAAAGGCCCUAUCCCCGCCUGUCGACGACCUGGAUAAAUUCGUUCAGCAAGUCAUUCCGCCUAAUAUUUUAUCUAAGAAAACUCUCGACAUCCCCCCUCACGAGGGGCCACAGAGCGAAUCAAGUCUAAAGGCAAUGGUGAAAAAGUAUCAGUCCAAUAUCACAGUAAAAAAGAGUUUCCUUGGUCAAGGAUACUAUGGAACACACACACCAGCCGUUAUUCAACGGAACAUCCUGGAAAACCCUGCUUGGUAUACAAGUUAUACCCCUUACCAGCCAGAAAUCAGUCAAGGCCGCUUAGAGUCACUCGUUAACUUUCAAACCAUGGUUACUGACCUAACGGGACUUCCUAUAGCUAAUGCUAGUCUCUUGGACGAGGGUACUGCCGCUGCCGAGGCAAUGACCCUCUCUAUGAACACGUUAUCGACCUCGAGGGCUAAACGGGAAGGAAAGACUUUUGUCGUAUCUAAGUCCCUCCACCCGCAGACGAUAUCGGUCUUGCGUGGACGUGCGGAUGGCUUUGGUAUCAAGAUAUUGGAACUGGACCUUACAAAGGUUGAAGCACGUACUGAGGUUGAGAACCUUAGCGAGGAUUUGGUCGGUGUCAUGGUCCAGUAUCCCGACACAUACGGUCAUGUAGAAAAUUUCCAGCCUCUGGCCGACUCAGUACAUAAACAAGGCGCCCUGCUUAGCGUUGCUACGGAUCUGCUGGCAUUGACCAUGCUCAAACCCCCAGGAGAAUGGGGGGCUGACAUUGCCUUCGGAAGUGCGCAAAGAUUCGGUGUGCCGAUGGGAUUCGGAGGCCCACAUGCUGCGUUCUUCGCCGUCCAGGAGAAACACAAGAGGAAGAUGCCUGGCCGAUUAAUUGGGCUAUCUAAAGACCGACUGGGUGGGAAGGCCUACCGAUUAGCCCUACAGACGCGAGAACAGCAUAUUCGAAGAGAGAAGGCAACUAGUAACGUGUGCACAUCGCAGGCGCUAUUAGCUAAUAUGAAUGCUCUCUACGCGAUCUAUCAUGGACCUGAAGGCCUCAAAGCGAUUGCCGAACGGAUUGUCCGAGGUGCACGAGUCAUUCAAGCCAUCGCUGAAGAGAAUGGGUUUGCCACGGAGAAAAGCAAGUGGAAUGAUAGCGGUAGCGUACUCUUUGAUACAGUCAUCAUUGAUGUUGGGUCCAAAGAGAGCCAGGCCCAAUCUGUGAGUACAGCACAUGAACACGGGAUGUAUGUUCGCCAAAUUGGCGAGCAACAAAUUGGUAUCUCGGUUGAUGAAACAACAUCCCUAGACGACUUAGUCAAAGUCUUCCAAGUAUUUGCAACUGUGGCUGGCAAUAUCAAGGUAUACCCGUACGAGGCUGUGGAGAUUCACGUUCGCCAGAUACUCGAAAAGCAUGCCGAUCCGGUAGAUAUCCCAGACGGUUUCAAACGAACCUCGGGCUUUUUGACGCAUCCUGUCUUUAACACGCACCACUCCGAAACAGAGUUGCUACGGUAUAUCUACCAUCUGCAGUCUAAGGAUCUAUCGCUUGUCCACUCCAUGAUCCCUCUCGGCUCAUGCACCAUGAAACUCAAUGGAACCACGGAAAUGUCACUCAUCACGCUACCUGAGUUCUCCCAGAUACACCCGUAUACCCCAGAGGAGACGGUCCCGGGCUACAAUAGCUUGCUAGAGGUGUUUAGGGGACAAUUACGUGAUAUAACAGGCAUGGAUGCUGUCUCUCUUCAACCCAACUCAGGAGCACAGGGUGAAUUCGCCGGUCUGCGAGCAAUUAGAGAGUACCACAAGGCGCAAGGAAAUGGCGGAAAGAAACGUGAUAUCUGCCUUAUUCCAGUAUCUGCUCACGGUACAAAUCCCGCCUCCGCUGCUAUGGCUGGUAUGCGAGUAGUACCAAUCAAGUGCAAUACGACUACCGGCAAUCUCGACGUAGCAGACCUUGAAGAAAAGUGCAAAAAGCACCAAGAAGAGCUCGGAGCUAUCAUGGUUACUUAUCCCAGCACGUUUGGUGUAUUCGAGCCCGAGAUCAAGAAGGUGUGCGAGCUAGUCCACGAACACGGCGGUCUAGUCUACAUGGACGGUGCAAACAUGAAUGCGCAAAUCGGAUUAUGCUCUCCGGGAGAGAUUGGUGCUGAUGUGUGCCACCUAAAUCUUCACAAGACUUUCUGUAUCCCACACGGUGGAGGCGGCCCAGGCGUAGGUCCUAUUUGUGUAAAGCAGCGUCUUCAACCCUUCCUUCCCCGUGAUCCCAACGCCGAGGGUAAGGCAACCAGCGGUGGCUAUGCAGUCAGCAGUGCCAAUAACGGUAGCGCCAGCAUCAAUCUCAUCAGUUGGGCGUAUAACACCUUAAUGGGGGCGGAGGGUCUCACCCAAGCCACCAAGAUAACUCUACUCAAUGCUAACUACAUCCUCUCACGUCUCAAGCCUCACUACCAGAUCUUAUACGUGAAUGAGCACGGACGUUGCGCCCACGAGUUUAUCCUUGACGCCCGGCCCUUUAGCAAGUCCGCUGGCGUCGAGGCCAUCGACAUUGCCAAGCGCUUACAGGAUUACGGCUUCCACGCCCCGACAAUGAGCUGGCCCGUCGCCAACACCCUAAUGAUUGAGCCGACUGAGAGCGAAAGUAAGGAGGAGCUCGACCGCUUCAUUGAUGCUCUGAUCAGUAUCCGCGGAGAGAUUCGGGAGAUCGAAGAGGGCAAAUCCCCGCGCGAGGGCAAUGUAUUGAAGAUGUCGCCACACACCAUGCAAGACUUGAUUGCAGGCGACGGCGGCGAGGGUGGCAAAUGGGAGAGAUCCUACUCGCGAGAGAAGGCGGCAUAUCCUCUCCCUUGGCUUAAGGAGAAGAAAUUCUGGCCAAGUGUCACGAGGGUAGACGACAAAUACGGCGACUUAAACCUCUUCUGCACCUGUCCGCCAGUUGAGGACACGACGUAA